ACUCCUUAUAUGGGCAUUUCUCCCGGAAGAACGCGCCCGUGCACGCAUCGACCAGCACGAGAGUGAGCGCGCACAUCAACGCGUUUCAUUCGGCUGCACUGCACGGAACUCGCUCGGGAAGAAUGUCUCUAAAGAAGUGUGUUUUUGGUUGUGAGGGAAAGAUAACCUUGUUCAGCUUAUCGAAGAACCCAGCGUUAGGUAAACAGUGGAUGCUAUUUGUUUUUCCGGGGCAGCAACGGAGUUUCUCAAGUGUGUUUGUUGACCAACGUUUUAUAAACAAGGCCCAGUUCGACGCUGGGUUUGUACAUCGUUUAAUACUGAAAGAUGAAGCGGUCCCAGCUAUAAAAUAUCCCAGUCAUGAUUCAGAACUGCAGACGGAGACCGGACCUGAGACAAUCACCUCCAUGGAUCCCCGCCCUCCAACUCCCAUGGAAGUUCUCGAGGAACUGGUCUAUACACUCCGGGCUUCACUCAUGCCCGUCACAACCCCUCAAUCUGCCUCUGUAUGUCCCAUGGCCAUGCCAGCUUCCUAUGCGGGUGACACAGCUGUGUGUGGCGUCUUUCUCCUACAAGUAGUGCUCUUCAUUCAACUCAUUAACUCCCGGAACCUGGCCGACCAUCGCCGCCACGUGAAGCAGGUCCUUCAGAGGCUCUGUCAACACCAUCUGUACCUCAAGCUGGAGAAGUGUGAAUACCAUCGCCCCAUCGUGCAGUUUCUCGGGUACCUCAUCGGCCAGGAUGGUAUCCAGAUGGAUCAGGGGAAGGUAACUGUCAUCAAGGAGUGGCCUCGUACCCAGACUGUGAAGGAGUUGCAGAGAUUUCUCUGCUUCGCAAACUUCUAUUGUGGAUUCAUCAAGGAUUUCAGCCUGCACACUGCCCCUCUGACAUCAUUGCUCCGAGGAAAGCCCAAGUCCCUGUCCUGGAACACACCAGCGCCCACGAAGCAUUCAACAUCCUGAAGACUGCUUUCUACACGGCCGUCCAGAUCCUCUUGUGCCAUUUGUGGUAGAAGUGGAUGCCUCUACCACCAGAGUCGGGGCCAUGCAGACUGAGCGCAACUAGACUCGGACGCUACCUCCGGGCAUACUGCCAGAAGGACCAACACAACUGGACCUGCUUAUUCCCAUGGGCCGAGUAUAGGGCUGCAACAAACGGUUAUUUUGAUAAUCGAUUAAUCUAACUAUUAUUAGAACGAUUACUUGACUAAUCAUCGACUAUUUCACUGAUUAAUCAGUAGACUUUGAUU